AUGGCGAGCGGCGGCCAUAUGCAUAAUUUCACCACCCUCAUCAAGCGGGCAUGGGCAGUCCUUCUGCAGCUGCGCCUGCCACUCCCGAACCUCCCAAGCCUGCUCCUCCUCCCCCGGCACCCCCUGCUGCGCCGCAAGUUCCCCCCGCAAAUCCAAGACUUCGACGCAUUGAUCAAGGGUGAUGUCCAAAACUUUGUGAGCUUGGGCGAGAAGGUUGGCGGUCUUGUUGCAGAGCAGUCGAAAGCAGUUCUGCAAGCCUUCCAGGCCGAGCGUACAUUCCUCUAUGUCUCGACAAAAGCCAAGAAGCCCGAUGUGCCUCCUCCAGAGCUCAUGACCGAAUUGCACAAGGCCUCAGACAGCAUCAACAACAUCAAGGAGUCGAACCGUGCGUCACCGCUGUUCAACCACCUGAGCGCCGUUGCGGAGGGUAUUGUUGCGCUGGGUUGGUUCUUCGAGACCAAGCCUGCGGAGUUCGUUUCUGAGAUGAUUGGUGGUAUUGAAUAUUACGGCAACAAGGUGCUCAAGGAAUACAAGGAGAAGGACCGAACACACGUUGAGUACAUCCAAGCAUACUACCAGAACUUCAAGGCCCUUUCGGCCUAUCUCAAGAAGCACUACCCUAAGGGCCUGACCUGGAACAACGAAUCUGGUCUCAGUGCGCUGGAUGCUUUGAAAGAGAUCAAGCGCGGCUCUGCCCCAGCUGGCGGCGCUGUUCCUCCUCCCCCUCCCCCUCCUGUUCCGUCUCUCAAAAUCCCUGGCGGCGUCCCACCUCCGCCUCCUCCCCCUCCUCCUGGUAUUCCUCCCGCGCCUGCGCCAUCUGCUCCUGCUCCCGACAUGGCCGCUGUGUUUGACCAGCUCAACCAAGGCGAACAGAUCACAUCUGGGCUUCGCAAGGUCGAUAAGUCGCAGAUGACACACAAGAACCCCAGCCUGCGUGCCGGCUCCGUUGUGUCAGACGGCUCUGGCUCUCCUCGGGGCAAGUCCCCGGCACCGAGCAAGAAGCCCAAGCCAGAGAGCAUGCGCUCCCGCAAGCCACCACGCAAGGAUCUGGAAGGAAACAAGUGGUUGAUUGAGAACUUCGAAGGCUCCGAUGAGAUCAUUGAGGUCUCCGCGCAGCAAAAUCAGUCCAUCCUCAUCACCCGCUGCAACAAGUGUAUCGUCAAGGUCUCCGGCAAGGCCAACGCCAUCGCCAUUGACAACUGCACUGGUCUCUCUAUCAUUGUCGACUCCUUGGUCAGCAGCUUGGAUGUCAUCAAGUCGCCCAAAUUCGCUCUGCAGAUUGAUGGUACUGUCCCGACUGCUCUCCUGGAUCAGGUCGAUGGUGCUACUAUCUACCUGGGCCAACAGAGCCUUGCCACUGAGGUCUUCACUAGCAAGUGCAGCGCCGUCAACAUUAUGCUUCCCCCGAAGGAGGGCACCGACGAUGAUACCAAGGAAUGCCCCAUCCCUGAACAGAUCAAGAGCUAUGUUAAGAACGGUGUCCUGGUCAACGAGAUCGUUGAGCACGCUGGCUAA